CCUCUACCGUUUCGCUUCGCGUGAUUUGUCUGCAAACGAGUGCACAGAGGCGGUCACGAUAUUUUGUGGCGGUAUCACGAUUUAACUAAUUGUUAUACACUUGAAUCAUGGCUAAAGCUCCAGCAAUUGGUAUCGAUCUCGGCACUACCUACUCCUGUGUUGGUGUCUUCCAACACGGUAAAGUAGAAAUCAUCGCUAACGACCAAGGAAACCGAACUACUCCAAGUUAUGUCGCCUUCACCGAUACUGAACGUUUGGUAGGCGAUGCAGCCAAGAAUCAAGUCGCUAUGAACCCAGCAAACACUGUUUUUGAUGCCAAGCGAUUGAUUGGGCGUAGAUUUGAUGAACCUGGAGUUCAAUCCGACAUGAAAUACUGGUCAUUCAAGGUCAUUUCUGAAGGUGGUCGACCAAAAGUCCAAGUCGAAUUCAAAGGAGAAACAAAGACAUUCUUUCCAGAAGAGAUAUCUUCAAUGGUUUUGAAUAAGAUGAAGGAAACUGCCGAAGCUUAUCUGGGCACCAAAGUAACGGAUGCUGUUGUCACUGUACCAGCCUAUUUUAACGAUUCCCAGCGACAAGCUACUAAAGAUGCAGGGGUUAUUGCUGGUAUCAAUGUGUUGCGUAUUAUCAAUGAGCCAACAGCUGCAGCCAUUGCAUAUGGUUUGGACAAGAAAGUUGGUGCUGAACGAAAUGUCCUUAUCUAUUUGGAAGGUGUAUGCAACCCAAUCAUCACUAAGUUGUACCAAGGCGCUGGUGGUGCUCCCCCUCCAGGUGGAUUCCCAGGAGCUGCACCCGGCGAAGCUGCACCAGGAGGAGAUGGUGGAUCAUCUGGACCAACUAUUGAAGAAGUUGAUUAA